GCUGCCGACAUCAUACCGGACCAUCCUUCCGAGUGCAGUGCCCUUGCGCUUGUUCUUCAACAACGCUUUUACACUCUACACAUUCACACCAACCCUCACACUCUACCACUUUAAUCACCCUCGCAGCUCCCUACCGCCCAUUGCCCACCAUCUCACCCACACACUUCGCCCACAAUGCCUGGCCAUCUUCGCACUCGCUUAAAGCGCGUUCUCACUGCUGGCUCACACAAGAAUGCAAAACCAGAGGAGCCCGAGUCGGAUUUCUACAAGCCUGGAGAGAAGAUGCCUCCCCUCAAGUACCGUCGCGCCGUCGACCCUGAACACAAGAAAAAGCUCGAGGCUUUCAGCUUUUCGACUGCAUGGCGCCGCCACAGCAACGCCUCUCUAUACUCACCCAUGGGUAGCAGGCUACCGAGCCGUAGGAGCAGCUUCAGGAGACGGAGCCGUAGUCGUAGUAUGCACCGAAGUCGGAGAGGAAGUUGCUCCUCAGACUACGAUGCUGAAGAGUGGGUAGACAGCGGCAUCGGAGCGAGCAUCGCCGGUGACGACAGGCCGGCAAACAUCAAAGAGGCGUCUGACGACGAAGGGGAUGUGCUCAAUGUCGGCCUCUCCCGCAAUCCAACCGAAGACCCUCGCGAUGCUCGCCGGAAACAAUCACAAGGCGCUCGCCGCUCCAGCUCUGUCCAACAGCUUUCGAGACCCGCUACUGGCUCAGACCGCACUCGUAACCCCUCGCAACCAUUCUCGCCCGAAGAGCUCGAGAUCGCACUACAACGGUCGCACCUCGAGGCUACGAAAGAGGAGUCGGAUAAGAGUGCCAGCGAGAGUCCAUUCGAGGACUUUGACGACCCAAGCCCUUUCCUGAGGCCGCGUGGUGGAUCCAUCUACGUACCAUACAACGGUCAAGGCACGCCUCCAAAGCUGCCUUUCUGGGGCACUGCAUACCCCUCGUGCGACGACGCGCCAUCCAGAGGCCAUUUCUCGAGACGGGCGUCGGUUUUCCUAGAAAACGAAGACGGCUCUUGCACCCCGCAGUACGAUCGCCGCGAAUCUUUCUUCGUACCAAUGAACGCUCCGGGCCUGACGCAAGCACGUCAGAUAUCCGUCUCCGAAUCCUCUGACGACGAGUGCGUAUGCCCGCCUCAAGCUGCCGAAGCGCCGCAACGUAAACCCCAGCCUUGCGCUCCUUGUGACGCUAUCGCCGCGAUCCUCGCGAGGCCCGAUUGAUUUUCUCUCUGCAUUAGCGUUCACUUCACACUGUCGAUAUUCGAUGCAUUCGGUCUGUACAUAUUGUCCAUUGCAUUUCUCGGCGUUACUCCAUGUAAGAACCCUCUGAUCGGUUCCAUGUUUACAAGCCAGGCUUGGCUUUUUUCCUUCACGUUCUGGGCUGGAAUGUCUCAUAGACU